AUGGCAUCUCGAUCGAGAGGUCGUCAUGAUCGGUACGACGACGAUCCCUACGUCUUCGACGACCCCUACCGCCAUUCAAAUUCACCUAUCGGAAAUGCACAUUACGAAUACGUCGGAACCGAAGAACCUUCUGUGGUAUCUAAUAAGCCUCGCCGACCCCGAUCUUCAAAUCCAGACCCUUAUCUACGACCACAUUCACCUAGGAGAGAUUCUCGAACAACUAGUCCACCACGGCGUCCUAGACACGAGAGAACCCACACUCAACCAGAAAAGUCCGAGAGAAAAUCACCACCUAGAGCUUCGCGACACAGUUCCCCUCACCGAACCAGCAGCAAGAAGGUUCCUCAGAACAAGCGUCAGGACUUCAGCGAACGACCAGCUGUGAAACGUACCAAAUCUAUCGGCCAAUCUGGCCUGAAAUUCCUCAGCGAAGCAGCAGCACUAUACGCCGCGACACAAGCUGGGGCAGGCGACCGCGGACGCUCCCCAAGUCGCGAUCGUCACCGCAGCUCACACCACGAUUCUGGGCACCGCCAUCACCACCGCCGGCAUUCUCCCAGCCCCUCCCCAGACCCACCCAUGCGACGCGCAAGAGCAUACAGCGACGAUGCGCGACGGCACCGGAGGCACAGAUCGCCAUCAGUAAGCUCCGAGUCAGACUACGACCGCGACCGCGGACGACGACACCGACGCUCGCGCGCCAGCUCCUCGCACGCAUACAGCCCGUCGCCGCGGCGCCACCGCAGCCGGCAUGCCAAAUCCACGUCCUCGACCUACCGCUCCAAGCAGCCCGAUUCCGCCACCGCCGACCGAUGGCAGAUGGCAGCGCGCGCGGCCCUCGAGGCAGGCGGACUGACGGCUUUCCGGCUGCGCAAGGAGCCCGGCAGCUGGACGGGUGAAAAGGGCGCCAAGAUCGCUACGGCGGCGCUCGGAGCCGCGGCUAUCGACGCGUUCAUUGAUAAGGACCCCCGCCGCGCCAAGUCCAGCGGGGUUAAGGGGUUUGCGGAGAAUACGAUUAGUAGUAUGAUUGCGUCGAAGUUGAUUGGGGUUAAGGGACCUACUAGUAGGAAGGGGAAGUCGAGGUAUUGA